GACACACACACACACACUUUGACAUCCUCCCUUUCACAGUGCUCGACUAAACCGGUCCAACACAUUUUUUUCCCUCCUCGUGUCUGUAGUGGUUAUACUGAGAAACAUGUUUCCCAUCUGAAUUCUGAUCUAAUGUUUCUCACGCAAAGAAGGCCACAGAGUCUAUAAAAGCCAGAGCCACCGGGACAUCGGGUAAUGGUCCAGACGGAUCCAGAGGACACUCACAGCAUGGCUCAGAAGACAGUUCUGAUAGUGUACGCCCACCAGAGCCCCUGCUCGUUCAACUCGGCGCUGAAAGACGUGGCUGUUGAGGAGCUGGAGGAGCAGGGAUACAGGGUCAUCGUGUCCGACCUGUACGCCAUGGACUUCAGAGCCAACGCCACACGGGAGGACAUCAUCGGUGAGCUGAAGAACCCACAUCUGUUCCAGUACGGAGAGGAGACGCUGCACGCCUGGAUGGAGCAUCGACUCAGUGACGACAUCGUGGCCGAGCAGCGCAAGGUCGAGGAGGCGGAGCUUAUCAUCUUCCAGUUUCCUCUGUACUGGUUCAGCGUUCCUGCAAUUAUGAAGGGCUGGAUGGACCGAGUCCUGACACAAGGCUUCGCUUUCUCCCUGGAAAAGAUGUAUAAUUAUGGAAUAUUUAAGGAUAAGAAAGCAAUGUUGUCCUUCACAACUGGAGCAACUCAGACUAUGUUUAGUCCUGAAGGGAUCAAUGGAGACAUAAACGUCGCACUGUGGCCUUUGCAGAACGGUACGCUGCACUUCUGUGGUUUCCAGAUUCUUGCUCCUCAGAUAUUUUGGAGUCCGGCUUUCUGUCCUGAUAUGGUGCGCACAGCAAUGUUAGAUGGAUGGCGAGCCCGACUCAAAGGACUGUUGAAGGAAAAGCCUUUGACCUUUGCCCCCUGUGAGCUCUUUGACCUCAGUUUUCAGGGUGGGUUCCUGCUCCGGCCCGAUGUGAAGAAGGAGCUGAAUUCACAGCCAUACGGUCUGACCACAGGACACCAUCUAGGGAAACCACUACCUCCAGACAACCAGAUCAAAACUCAGCCCGAUGAAAGUAGACCCAAAGCAGAGUGAAAGGAUGGGACGGGCCUGGCACCAACACCUAGAAUUUAGAAUCUAAGCUCAUUUUUGUAAUUUUCUUUGUAUUUACUGAAAUAAAUAAUAAAAUAAUUUCAGUAACAGA